UCCGGCUCCGGCUCCGCUCGGUGCGCGGCUCGCGGGGGUCCCGGCCCAUGGCGGGGCGCUGAGCCCCCCGACCCCCACCAUGCUCUGGGGGGGCUUCCUCCUGCUCUGCCUGCUCCGAGGGGCGCUGGCCGCAGCCGCGCCGCCCCCUCCCCGUGUGUCCCCAGGACGCCCCCCCGGCAGCGAGGGACGGAGGGCUCGGGACGCGGCCGAGGGGACCCGCAUCAGCCAGGACCUGGGCGGCGGCAGCCUGGCCAUCGACACCCUGCCCGCCAACGAGACCCGCAUCGUGGAGGACAACCACAGCUACUACGUGUCGCGGUUCUACGGCCCGGGGGACGCACGGCGCCGCCAGCUCUGGGUGGACCUGGCGGCCGCCAACGGGAGCCACGUCAGGGUGCACGGGAUCCUCUCCAACACCCACCGGCAGGCCUCGAGGAUUGUCCUGUCCUUUGACUUCCCCUUCUACGGCCACCUCCUGCGGCAGGUCACCAUCGCCACCGGCGGUUUCAUCUUCACGGGGGACGUCAUCCACCGCAUGCUCACGGCCACCCAGUACAUCGCCCCCCUCAUGGCCAACUUCAACCCCAGCUUCUCCCGAAAUUCCACCGUGCAGUACCUGGACAAUGGGACGGUGUUUGUGGUGCAGUGGGACAAGGUUUACCUGCAGGGCAAGGAGGACAUGGGCAGCUUCACCUUCCAGGCCGCCCUGCACCGCAGCGGGAGGAUCGUGUUCGGCUACAAGGAGAUCCCGGUGCCAGUGCUGCAGAUCAGCGCCAGCCAGCACCCGGUCAAGGCCGGGCUCUCCGACGCCUUCAUGGUGCUCAACCCCUCGCCCGACGUGCCUGAGUCCCGGCGCCGCACGAUCUACGAGUACCACCGAGUGGAGCUGGACACCAGCAGGAUCAGCAGCCUGUCGGCUGUGGAGUUCACCCCGCUGCCCACCUGCCUGCAGCACCAGAGCUGUGAAACGUGCCUGAGCUCGGAGCUGACCUUCAACUGCAGCUGGUGCCACGUCCUGCAGAGGUGCUCCAGUGGCUUUGACCGGUACCGGGAGGAGUGGCUGAGCUACGGCUGCGGCCAGUCGGACGAGCAGAGCUGUGAGGAUCUGGCGGAGGGCGGUCAUUACUCGGCGCCCCCGGGCAGCUCCGUGUCGGUGUCACCCGGCGCUGUCACCUCCCCCACGGCCUCGCUCUUCCUCGACAGCCUCACCACCGAAGAUGACACCAAACUCAACCAGUUUGCAGGAGGAGAGGGGAGCAGCUUGCCCUCACAGAGCGCGGGUGCCCCAAUCCCCACGGGCACCGUGGUUGGCAUUGUGGUGGCCGUGCUGGUGCUGGCCGGGGCCAUCCUGGCUGGGAUCUACAUCAGCGGCCACCCCACGUCCAGCGCCGCCCUCUUCUUCAUCGAGCGGAGGCCGCACCGCUGGCCCGCCAUGAAAUUCCGGAACCACGGCAACCACGGCUCGUAUGCCGAGGUGGAGGCGGCCAGCCAGGAGAAGGAGGGGUUUGUGGAGGCCGAGCAGUGCUGAGCGCUUCUCCUGGGGAAUCCAUUCUGAGGGAUCCGUCCCGAGGAAUCCAUUCUGAGGGAUCCAUCCUGAGGGAUCCGUCCUGAGGGAUCCUGACAAAUCCUGAGGGAUCCAUCCCAAGGGAUCCAUUCUGAGAAAUCCUGAGGAAUACAUCCUGAGGGAUCCUGACAAAUCUUGAGGAAUCCAUCCUAAGGAAUCCUGACAAAUCCCGAGGAAUCCAUCCCAAGGAGUCCAUCCCAAGGAGUCCAUCCUGAGGGAUCCUGACAAAUCCUGAGGGAUCCAUCCCAAGGAGUCCAUCCUAAGGAAUCCUGACAAAUCCCAAGGAAUCCAUCCCAAGGAAUCCGUCCCGAGGAAUCCAUCCCAAGGAAUCCAUCCCAAGGAGUCCAUCCUGAGGGAUCCUGACGAAUCCUGAGGGAUCCUGACAAAUCCUGAGGGAUCCAUCCCAAGGAAUCCUGACAAAUCCCGAGGAAUCCAUCCCAAGGAAUCCAUCCCAAAGACUCCCGAAGAAUCCUGAGGGAUCCAUCCCAAGGAAUCCUCACAGAUCCCGAGGAAUCCAUCCUGAGGAAUCCAUCCCAAGGAAUCCCAAGGAAUCUCAAGGAAUCCCAAGGAAUCCAUCCUAAGAAAUCCUGACAAAUCCUGAGGGAUCCAUCCCAAGGAAUGCCAAAGAAUCCAUCCCAAGGAAUCCUGACAAAUCCUGAGGGAUCCAUCCUAAGGAAUCCUGACAAAUCCUGAGGGAUCCAUCCCAAGGAAUCCUGACAAAUCCCGAGGAAUCCAUCCCAAGGAAUCCAUCCUGAGGAAUCCCAAGGAAUCCCAAAGAAUCCAUCCUGAGGAAUCCAGAGGAAUCCAUCCCAAAUAAUCCCAAGGAAUCCUGAGGGAUCCAUCCCAAGGAAUCCAUCCUGAGGAAUCCAUCCCAAGGAAUCCUGACAAAUCCUGAGGAAUCCAUCCCAAGGAAUCCCAAGCCUUCCAUGUCCCAAAGUGCUGGAAUCACUUAAUUAAUUGCUAUAUUGUUAAUUGUGACCUUUGGCCCUGAAGGAGACAGAGAGGGGGGAAAUAAAUCUGAAAUUCCACCAAAAUUCGUCUUCUGAUGGCCAGUGGGAACAGAGAGGGAUUUAGGGACAAAACUCUGGGAUAAAUCCUGGGCUAAAUCCAGGAUUCAGAUCCGUCAGGAGCGCCUGGACAUCGCAGGAAACCUCAAAAUCACCCCCUUAACCUCAUCAUUUUUAGGUUUUUUUCUAAUUUUGCUUCCAUUUCCCCCUGUUUGGGAUGAGCCACUGGUUUUGGAUGGAUAUUGGGAUCCCCUGACCCCAAGGGAGGCUUUGACUUGAGACCUCUCAGCAUUUUCUACUCCUCCUGUGCCACCAAAAUUCAGCAUUCACCUGCAAAAUAAUCCCUAAACUGAGGGGAAAAAACAAAACCAGAAUCCCAAAUCCAGCAGGAGGUAAAUUUUCAUCCCCCCCACCACAAAAUGCUGUUGCAUUAUGGAUUUUUCGCCCCUCUUUAUUUUUAAUUUUCUCCCGCUCCUCAGCUGUUUAUUCUGAUGAUCAAAUUUUGGGUGUAUUUUAUCCCCUGGCUGGCUCAGCUGUCACUGCUGGUGAUUAGUGCCACAGGCAGGGUCUGUCUAAUUAAUAUUUUCCUUCUCAUCUGCUGAAUUUAUGGAACAAUUGCAGAUAAAUAUGGAUGUUUGGUGGCACUCAGACCCCAAAUUUGACUUUCUUGCAGCCCCUGGGGAGUUUUUUGCUGCAUUUUAUGAUAUAAAAACACCAAAAUGCUCCAGCUGAGUCAUGAUCAUGCCCCAUUUUUGGAAGUUUUAUUCCCAAAUCAAGAAUUUCCCUAAAAAUUUGUUCUUUCCCCAAAGUGGGAAGGAAAAGGGAAUUCAUCACCCAUUUUUUUACCCCAAAUCUGAUCUCCUUUGUCAUGGUGAUGAGUUAAUGUGGGGGUUUUUUUCUCUGAAUUUCACUUUUUUUCCGAUGGUUAAAUUUUGAAUUAUUAAUUCCAACAGUUUCAGGCCUGGUUUUUCCUGUUUUUCUGCACUUGGGAACAGCAAGAUUUUGGGUUCUUCUCUUCCCCCGCAGCCCCUGGAACUGCUGGGAAACAUCCAAGAGUUCUGAAAUGCCACAGAUUUGAAGAAAAACAGAUUUUAAAGAGCAAGAAUUGUACCAGACCCUGGGUGUUUGUGCUGCAGCUGGGAUUUUGGGAGAAAAUCUGGAUUUAGGGAAGGAUUCGGGUGAGGAAUCCUUCAAAUAUAAACAAAAAAAAUCGCUUCAAGGUCAUUCAGAACCUGGGCAUAAUUUCACAUCCAGGCUUCCUGUUUUAAAAAUAUGUUUAUUCCCAUUAGAAAAAGAAAUAAUAAAUCUAUUUUUUUCCCAAUUUUCCCUUUUACCCUCUUUUCCUUGAGGCUGGGAGAAGCUGUGCUAACAAUGCAAACAGGUAGGAGUUAAUUUAAUUUAAUCAGGAUUAAAGAAUUCUCCCAUCCUGGUAUCUUGUUCUAUUUCUCUUGAGUGGAGAAGCAGCAGAUCUGCAAUUAGAGAUAGAAAUAUUCCAUUUUUAUAUCAAUAUUCCAAUUUUUUUACAAUAAAUUCCAUUCAUAUGCACAUGCAUAAAUCACCAAUUUU